UCAUUUUCAAGUCUGAAAAUAUCACUUUCAACUUAAUAUUCACUUCUUCGUAAUGUGAGGUCUUCCCUCUUUCAGAAGUGUUCCUGUAUGAAAAGUGAUCCAGGUUGUGCUGAUUUGCCAUGUAUAGUUCUGCAUAUAUGUUUGGUGAGGAUUCUGAUGAUGAAAUCCCUACCCAACAAGCUAUUCAGGAAAGCUUACAAGAUAGGCAUAAAAUUGAAACACGUGGCAGUGCAACAGAGGAUGAAAGUUUCCAGUACAUUACAAAUAAAGAACAUGGGAAGAUAAUUGCAGCAAUUCGGACAGGCCGAGAAGAGGCCUUGAUGAAGUUGGUGAGGCACAGUUCUGCUUUUGAAGAAGCAGAUCAGCAAGGCUGGCUUCCUGUGCAUGAAGCUGCAGCACAGCUAAAUAGGAACAUCCUCGAAAUAACUUUGAGAGCCUCCCCUGCGGCUACAUGGGAACAGACCACUCUAAAAGGGGAAACGCCUCUCUUGGUGGCAGUAGAAAAUUGCCUUGUAGACAAUGUCUGCUUUCUCCUGCACAGUGGCUGCAAUCCCAAUGUUAAGAAUGAAGAGGGAGAUUCUCCUUUAGUUAUUGCAAUUAAACAUGACUCAUAUGAGAUUGCUUCCUUGUUGAUAAGUUCUGGUGCGAAAGUGAAUUUGCAGUGUGUCCACAAGAGGACUGCUUUACAUGAGGCAGCCAAGCUAGGCAGGAAGGGUCUGGUGAAGCUUCUCCUUCGUUCUGGAGCAGAUCCUGAUCCUCGCAGUGGAUAUGGGCUCACUCCUCUAGCACUGGCUGCACAGGGUGGACAUACAGAAGUUAUGGAGCUCUUACUGCAAAAAGGUGCAGAUGUUCUUUCCCAGGCCAUGGAUUGUGCUUCUGUAUUAUUUGAAGCAGCAGGAGGAGGAAAUCCAGAUUCUCUGAACCUUUUACUGGAAUAUGGAGCUGAUGCCAAUGUACCAAAACACUCGGGUCAUUUGCCAAUCCACAGAGCUGCAUAUAGAGGACACUUCCUAGCCCUGAAAAGUUUAGUUCCGGUUACUGAUUUUGAUGCCAUUAAAGAAAGUGGGAUAAGUCCAGUUCACUCAGCAGCAGCAGGAGCACAUCCUCAGUGCCUGGAGUUUCUCCUCAAAUCUGGGUUUGAUGCCAAUUUCAUGCUGGAUCAAAGAGUUCGCAAAGGCUACGAUGACCACCGGAAAUCAGCCUUGUACUUUGCGGUUUCCAACGGGGAUGUCUGUUCAGCACAGCUGCUGCUGAAUGCUGGAGCUCUGCCAAACCAAGAUCCCAUCAACUGCCUCCAAAUAGCCUUGAGAAUGGGCAACUAUGAGUUAGUGAAUCUGCUGCUCCGACAUGGGGCUAAUGUCAAUUACUUCUGCAGAGUGAAUACAACACAUUUUCCGUCAGCUCUGCAGUAUGCUCUGAAAGAUGAAGUCAUGCUCAGAAUGCUGAUGGGCUAUGGCUACGAUGUGCACCGCUGCUUUGACUGCCCUCGGGGAAACAGCUCACAUUCCCAGUAUGGGACUGAUGGAUGGACUUCUACUGUGAUCAAAGAUACAAUGUUCUGUGAAGUCAUAACCUUGUCAUGGUUGAAGCAUCUGUCUGGGAAAGUAGUGCGAGUAAUGCUAGACUAUGUCGAUCACGUUAACAUCUGCUGGAAGCUAGCAGCAGUUCUCAGAGAACAGGAACUCUGGCCAGACAUCAAUUCAAUUUUAACAAAUCCUCGCUCUCUGAAGCAUCUUUGUCGUCUGAAGAUACGGGAAUGCAUGGGCCGGUUGCGUCUCCGUUGUCCUGUCUUCAUGACCUUCCUUCCACUGCCAAACUGCUUGAAAGAUUACAUACUGUACAAGGAGUAUGAUCUUUAUGGGCAGGAAAACUUCACAGGAACCUACAGCCUCAACUCUACAUAAAUAUUAGUUCUAUGUUUUGAAGGGAAUGUUGACAUGGUUAAGACUGUCUUAGGCAGCUGCUUUUUUCUUUUGGGAUUUUAUCUCCGCUCUGUAUUAAGGAAUAUCACCAGCAUAUUCCCCAUCUUGCCCUCUGAAGAAAAUGGGGAGAACCCCAAAAUGUAAGUAUUGGUGAUCCAUUGUACUUACCUACUGGAAUAGAAGCUCUCUGAAAGGGGAUAGUGUUUUAAAUGCUUAGCGUGAAAAGUUAAGGAACUGUAAAAUGCAGGGCUGCAAACCCUGUGUCGUUGCCAAGUUUAAACAGGUAACACAAACCCCAUUGCUGGGUUAAACUCAGGGUUUAGUUAAAGGUCAGGGAUUGAAUUAAUGCCAGGAAAAGAUAUAGUUCUUCUUCCUCUGGUACCUCUUUUUCUCAUGCUAAAAGAAUUUUUGUUUGUCAAGUCUUGCAUUGAAGUUCUGAAGAGCAGCCUAAGUAGAUUGUUGUUGUUUUUUUUCGGUCAGUUAAGCAAUCCCACAUUCUCAUCAGUGAAAUGGGAUUAACAGCUUUAGGAACCUCUGCUUAUCAUAGCAGCUGGUGUGAAAUACCAGUGUUUCAACAAGAAGGCACUGCUUUUGAAUGAUGUGUUAGUUCUGCAUCUUGUUUUCAGGUAUUCAGAUGUCUCAUCCAUUAUGUAUUUUGAUUGCUUUUCCUAGGUUUUCCUUUUACAGUGCUGUCCAAAGGCAUGCUUGCAGUUUUUGGAGUUUCUCCUCAUAAAUUGCAGCUUAAGCUUUAGGAACACUAUCUGUGAGCAGCCACAAUUAUCUUACAUAGUACACAAAGACCCACAGCAUGACUUUCUAAAAAUAAUGCAGAUGUCAGUACUUUAGAGAAAAAAAGUUCAUCACCACACUUGGCAUUAGUAAUAUUUAUUCCUUCAUUAUUAAGUAAGCAUAGAUUUUUUUCUAGUUAUACAUGCAUCUUUAUCACAGAAGUUACAUAUUUCAAAAGUUUGCUUUUCCCCAGAAAAAUCUACAAACCUUAUAAAAUACAAAUUUAACCAUAAUGUAGUUAUGACUUGUUGCUUUUUUACAUGGUGUUUAUCAUGUAAUAAACUAAUGAAGCCCAUGAA